AUGCCGCCUGUCGUUAAGCCCGAGGCGGUGCUGAAACGCUCGGAGGAGCUGAUCAAUGUGGGGCAGGCGUCCGCCGCCCUGCAGGCUCUGCAUGAGUUUACGUUUUCGCGCCGCUUCAAGCAAGGCCCCUCGAGCUCGCUCGAGCCGCUGAUGGAGCGCUUCAUGGAGCUGUGUGUCGACCAGCGCCGCGGCCGCGCGGCGAAGGAGGCGCUGAUGCAGUUCAAGAACGCUUUCCAGAACACCGAUCCCCAGUCGAUCCGGAACGUGAUCAACCACUUUUUGCAGCAUGCCGAUGCCAAGGUGUCCGAGGCGCGCAGCCGUGCGGACGCCGCUGCGGAGGAGCUCGACAUUGACGAUCUUGAGGAGAGCGAGACGCCCGAGAGUAUCCUGCUCGGCAGCGUGAGCCAGGACCAGGAGCGGGACCGCACCGACCGCACGAUGGUUACGCCUUGGCUCAAGUUCCUUUGGGAGGCGUACCGCACGGCGCUCGACAUCCUGAAGAACAACACGCGCCUGGAGAUGGCGUACCAGCAGAUUGCUGACCAGGCGCUGCACUUUUGCCUGCAGCACCAGCGCAAGACCGAGUUCCGCCGCCUCUGUGAGGUGCUGCGCCAGCACCUGCAGAGCGUCGCGCGCUCGACGCACCACACCAACGCGAUCGACUUUUCCGAUGCCGAUACGCUGCAGCGCCACCUGGACACGCGCUUUACGCAGCUGAACAGCGCCGUGGAGCUCGAGCUGUGGCAGGAGGCCUUCCGCUCGGUCGAGGACGUGCACAACCUGCUGACGAUCGCCAAGAAGGCCCCCAAGCCCGCGAUGAUGGCGAACUACUACGAAAAGCUCACGCGCAUCUUUAUCGUGUCGGACAACCACCUCUUCCACGCCGCGGCGUGGAACCGCUACUAUGCGCUCGCCCGCCUCUCGGCGCACACCGAGGCCGACCAGGCGCGCAUGGCGUCGUUUGUGCUGCUCAGUGCGCUUGCCGUGCCGGUCAUUGCCUCGAGCGCGCCGGGCACCGGCAACCUGAACAAGGGCCGCACCGACUUCCUCCAGGCCGACUCGGAGACGCGCCAGCGCACCGGCCGCCUGAACGCGCUCCUGGGCCUGAACCGCACCCCGACGCGCGCGGGUCUCUUGCGCGAGGCGCUCAACCGCAACGUGCUGCGCCGCGUGCGCCCCGAGCUGCGCGAGCUCUACCACAUCCUCGAGGUCGAGUUCCACCCCCUGUCGAUCUGCACCAAGAUCGAGCCGAUUCUGAAGCAGGUCGCACAGGACCCCAGCAUGGCCAAGUACGUCAAGCCGCUGCACUCGGUCGUGCUCACGCGCCUCUUCCAGCAGCUGAGCCAGGUGUACGACUCGGUCAAGCUGCAGCAGGUCAUGCAGCUCGUGUCGGCCUUCAAGGCGCCGUACCACUACACGGCCGCCGACAUUGAAAAGUUCUGCCUGAACGCGUGCAAGCGCGGCCACCUCAACCUGCGCAUCGACCAUGUGUCGCAGGCCAUCACCUUCCAGGACGACGUCUUUGCCACCGAUCUGCACCCCGCCGUGGCCAGCUCGAGCGAGACGGACCUGGUGCGUCUGCAGACGACGCCUUCCGAGCUCGUGCGCACGCAGCUCGCACGCCUUGCCGAGAGCCUCGACACGUCGCUGCGCGUCGUGGACCCCAGCGCGAGCCAGACCGCGGCCGAAGCGCGCCGCGCGGCGUUUGCGCGUGCCAUUGCCGAGGCCGACAAGGAGCACAAGCUGGCCGUGGAGCGCAAGAUCAAGAUGGAGCGCCGCAAGGAGCUCCUGCGCGAGAUGGCCAAGAAGAGGGAGGAGGAGGAGGCGAUCGCCAAGGCCGAGCGCCUGCGCCAGCAGGCCGAGGCCGAGCAGCGCCGCUUUACCGAAGAGGCGCGCCGCCGCGAGCUCGAGCACGUCCGCAAGGAGAUGGAGGCUGCGAAGCUCGAAGAGGCGCGCAAGAUGGCGCAGUCGCUCAAGGAAAAGGGCGGUCUCAAGCUCUCGGAGGAAGAGUUUGCGAGCCUCGACACCGAAAAGCUCGUCCAGCUCCAGGUGGAGCAGAUCGAGCGCGAAAAGAAGGAUCUCAGCGAACGCCUGCGCACCGUGCACCGCCGCAUGGACCACAUCGAGCGUGCGUACCGCCGCGAGGAGCAGCCUCUCCUCGCCGCCGACUACGAGCGCCAGCAGGCGAUCGACCUCGCGAACCACAAGCGUGCGUACGAGGUGCAGCGCGUCACCGCGCGUGAGCGCCACGAGUCCGAUAUGGCGAUGAAAAAGGUGCUGGUGGGCAUCAUGCCCGACUACGACGGCAUGCGCGACAUGCUGCUCGGCAGGCGCAAGGCGCUGCACGAGGAGCGCGUCGCCCAGGCGGAAACCCAGAUCGAGAAGGAGAAGGAGCAGCGCCGCAUGGACAUCCUGCACGAGCACGAGGAGGAGCAGCGCCGCCGCGAGGAGGCCGAAAAGGAGCGCGCCGCCUACGAGGCGCAGCGCAAGCAGCGCGAGGAGGAAGAGGCGCGCCUCGCCGAGAGCCGCCGCGCCGACGCCGAGCGCGAGGCCGAGCUCGAGAAGCAGAAGCGCGCCGAGAUCGAGGAGCGCCAGGCCGCGCUGCGCAUGCAGGCCGAGAAGCAGGCCGCGCAGCAGGCCAAGGCCCAGGAGCGCCUCGACCGCGACCGGGCCGAGCCGCGCACCGAGACGGGCGGCGCGUGGCGGAGAAGCGGCGCGCCGUCGGCCGCGCCGCCGGCCGCCUCGUCGGGCGCCACCGACCCGAUGUUUGCCAACCGCCGCUACCGCCCCGGAGACCUCAGCCGCAACUCGGAGGGCCGUGCGCCGGAGCCGCGCCCGAUGCCCACGGAGCGCCGUGCGCCGGAGCCGCGCACGAUGCCUUCGGAGCGCCCCCCCGGCGCCGGUGGCCGCUACGUCCCGGGCGCCUUUUCGCGUAUGCGCCAGGGUGGCGGCGGUGCGCCGCCGAGCGAGGGCGCUGCGCGGCCCCCGCCGCCGAGUGCCCCUCCGCGCGACGCAGACGGCUUCCAGCAGGUCAAGCCGCGGAGCAGCACCGCGUACCGCCCGCCGAGUGCCCGCUAG